CCUGGAGCAUUCAUCUGACUGACUCCCCGGGCCCCUGAUCGAUUGUUUCUAUCCUUCCUGCCGGGCUCUCCAGGGUUUUGCCAUGAUUCUGUCGCUUCAGCUUCUGUAACCAACUCCCCAGGCCUGUCUGAUCAACAACGAAGUCUCCAUCCUCAGUACGCUGGUCCGUCAUGGGGGAUUCCCCGGGAACGGGCAGGGCGGGAAUGGCUCCGGAAACGUCCCAGACAUUGCUGCAGCUGUCGUCGCCCGACCACCUCACCCACCACCACCCAAACCCUCCCACUGAGCAUGAUCGAACUACCCUUCAGUCGAAGCGAUCCUCUCUACCAGCACGUCCAAAUGGUGCUGCUCGACACGCCAAACGACUGACCUUGAACUUCCCCAUCAACAUCCCGCCGCCCGCCACCGUCGACCCUAGUGCGAGUGUUGCCUCCCCUGGAUCCAUGACGCCCGUGACUCGUUCCUCCGCCUACCCCUCGCCGAUCCCCCAUCUGGGAGCUCCCCUGGCCUUUGACGAACAGGAUGAUGGCUCCGGACUGUUGACCGCCAUCGCCUCGCAGGAAAGAAGAGUGCUGGAGCUGCGGGAGGAGCUCCAUCGUGCGGAGACUGAGCUGGACUCGUUGAAGAAGCAGUGGGCCUCGUCCGAGAGGACCAAGAAGCGAGCGGAGAUUAGCUAUCGGGCAGAGCCUUUGAUCCCGCUGCGAUCCCCCGAUCAGACUCCGGAGCGCUCGCAUCGUCGAGACCCCAGUCUGAGCGGCUCCGCGAGCCCCUCGCUGGCGCACGCACGACUCAGCCGGGAGCUGGAUCGCCGCCACAGUCUGCGCGCAGCGGCAACCCAAGGCACGACCGUCUCAGCCAAUGGACGACGGGUGUUCCGGGGCUCUCACACCCGGACCCUGUCCUUGCUGUCGCCGGUGUCGGUUUCUGGAGACGGCAGGGCCGCAUCGGAGUCGGAGACCAACUCGGUGAAUGGUCGUAUCGGCCGGUCUCCCCGGUCAGCUACUCUGCCGUCGUCUGUAGAGCGCAGUGCAGGUUCCGGCGACUCCUCCAAGCCUACCGAGGACAUGAUCGCGCAGUGGCGAAACACCAUGCCUCCUCCGUCUCGUGAGGCGCUGAUGCGCACCGGCAAGCAGAUGGCGUCCGACCUGCGCGAGGGGCUCUGGACAUUCUUGGAGGAUAUCCGACAAGCGACCGUGGGAGAAGAAGGCAUCAGUGCGACCGAAUCCCGGGGCGUACCUCCCGUACGCAAGCGGGAUUCAUCCAGCUCGACAUCGCGAAGCAGAGACCGGUUAUCCAUGCAGGGGGGCAGAACGUCACGCGCGGGGACAAAUUAUUCUGGUAAAGACUCCAACUCGGCGGACAUUGACGCGUCGUUCUGGAGUGAAUUCGGCAUUGAUACAGCUGGGCAGAAGUCCCGGAGCGCUCGCGGAGCCUCCAGUACCCCAAGCGGGCGGAUCGAACAGGGCGACUCCCACACCCCCGAUGUUGAAGACAACUGGGAGUGGGACUCGCCGAAGAAGACACACACGCCGUCGUCCAGCCGCUCCACGUUGGAGUCGAAGCAGGACCAGUCGCCGAUGACGCAGAGCAGCAGUCCACGUACAAGUACCAGUUUUGGCGACUGGCGCGCCCUGCACGAGUCUAUUGUUCCCGAUCCCAGUGUCUCCGACGGUAUCCCUUGGCCAGCCAUUACCAAGCUGGCGCCCUCGAAGUUGACCCGGACCGCGUCCAACCUGAUGGCCGAAUGGGAGCGCAGUCUCUCCCCCGAACGAAAGGAACCCUAUUCGCCGAUAGACAAGGACGACAAGCGUGACUGAUUGCUCGAUUAUUUUGAAUGUGCCGUUCGAUUACGGCUUUCGAUUAUUUCUUCCAAUGCUAUUGUAAAUAUGGACACGAUAUGUGCGACCGAGCAGAGACCGACGGAUUAACGCAGGGUUAUGAAUGUUGCAAUACCCUUUACGAUGAGCGUUGAUUUCACUCUUUACCUUCUUGCAUGUUUUAGAAUGUAUUUAUGUCAGAAUGUACUGGCUGUAAAAACAGUUACUUAUUGCCUACAUUUAG